UCAGUUGAAACACCUCCUUCUAGCCUCCUCCUCCUCCUCACUGUGACACUUUUCCCUUCACGGAGAAGCGGACUGGAACAAGUUUUAGUGUGUCAACUUAAACCAGCUCGUUAACAAGUUAGCAUAAUAAGCCGACAUUUCACUUCCGUGUUGUUCUUCUUCGCUGUUGGAGGACUUAGUGGUCAUUUCUCCUCAUUCUCUUCACACCUGCUCUAGCUUCUUGUUGCUGUCUUCAGACUGCACAAAGUGGACUUUUUUCUUUUCUUUUUUUUUUAAGGAUUUUACUCCACUGGUCGCUUUUGAAGUGUCUUUCGUUUUCAUGAAUGGACUUUGCGUGACUUUAGGAAGUUUUUUAAGGUGAAAUCGUCGCCCCUGUCAAAAUAAAAGCCCAACGACGUGGAGCUGUUCCACUUUCCGCACUUUUCGGAGCAAAUCAAGAUAAGCCGGCUGUAUAAGCAUAAAGGCGGCGGACCAUGGCGGACCGCAGUCCGGUGAGCAGACGGCGCACCGGCGGGUUCCGGCACUUGCUACUGCUCGUCCUCCUCGCCGGAAGCCUGCAAUUGUUGGUGGACGCCAACUCGUGGUGGUCCAUGGCUCUGACCCCCAUCCAGAGGCCAGAGAUGUACAUCAUCGGAGCUCAGCCUCUCUGCAGUCAGCUGUCGGGUCUCUCCCAGGGUCAGAGGAAACUGUGCCAGCUGUACCAGGACCACAUGAUGUACAUUGGGGACGGGGCCAAGACUGGCAUCAAGGAGUGCCAGUACCAGUUCAGACAGAGAAGGUGGAACUGUAGCACUGUGGACAACACGUCCGUCUUUGGACGCGUCAUGCAAAUCGGUUCCAGAGAAACCGCCUUCACUUACGCCAUCAGUGCCGCCGGUGUGGUGAACGCCAUCAGCCGAGCGUGUCGCGAGGGCGAGCUGUCCACGUGUGGCUGCAGCCGGGCAGCGCGACCCCGUGACCUCCCCCGUGAUUGGCUGUGGGGCGGCUGCGGCGACAACGUUCACUACGGCUACCGCUUCGCCCGGGAGUUUGUGGACGCCCGCGAGAGGGAGAAGAACUUCCCACGCGUCUCACCUGAGCACUCACGGACGAUGAUGAACCUGCAGAACAACGAGGCGGGCCGGCAGGCGGUGUACAACCUCGCCAACGUGGCCUGCAAGUGUCACGGCGUCUCCGGUUCCUGCAGCCUCAAGACCUGUUGGCUCCAACUGGCCGACUUCAGGCGUGUUGGCGAAUUCCUUAAGGAAAAAUACGACAGCGCUGCCGCCAUGCGCAUGGGACGCAAGGGCAAACUGGAGCAGGUGGACAAGCGUUUCAACCCCCCAACCCCGGAGGACCUGGUCUACAUCGACCCCAGUCCGGACUACUGCCUCCACAACGAGACGACGGGCUCGCUGGGCACUCGUGGCCGCCUGUGCAACAAGACGUCAGAGGGCAUGGACGGCUGCGAGCUGAUGUGCUGCGGCCGCGGCUACGACCAGUUCAAGACGUACAAACACGAGCGCUGCCACUGCAAGUUCCACUGGUGCUGCUACGUCAAAUGCAAGCGCUGCACUUCACUGGUCGACCAGUUCGUCUGCAAAUAACCGCCAAUAUUCAUUCAUCCAUCCUUCCCUGCCUGUAAACACCAUCCCUUCCUGCUUUCCUCAUCCAAACCCACGUUGGCUUAGCAGGUGGACCCGACAAGGACACGUGUGAAAUAUACAAGUCAACGACACAGUGAUUAUUAUUUAAAUGAGACACACACACACACACACACACCGUCGUUAUCUACUUCCACGAGGCUGCUCGAGUCCCCAAAGACAUAUGACCUUUCACCCUGAAAGGUUCUGGCCUGCGGACGUGCUGAUGAUGCACAAUCGCGGCACAUCAGCAGAAGGGGGAGUCAACACAUGGAAGACUGAGAAAUACUAUGAAAAUACUACUACAAUAAAAAUACUACGACAAUGAAAGUACUAGCACAGUUAGCAUAAUGCUCUCAGCUCCGUUAUUGUCCAAUAGCGAGAGUAAUGAAGCGAAGAGAUGAGUCCAGCGACUGUGAUUGGAAAUGAGUCCGUUAAAGGCCUACUGAAAUGAGAUUUUCUUAUUCGAACGGGGAUAGCAGGUCCAUUCUAUGUGUCAUACUUGAUCAUUUCCCGAUAUUGCAUUAUUUUUGCUGAAAGGAUUUAGUAGAGAACAUCGACGAUAAAGUUCGCAACUUUUGGUCGCUAAUAAAAAAGCCUUGCCUUUACUGGAAGUCGCAGAUGAUGUUCGCGUGAUGUCAGGGGUUGUAGAGCUCCUCACAUCCUCACAUUGUUUACAAUCAUAGCCACCAGCAGCGAGAGCGAUUCGGACCGAGAAAGCGACGAUUUCCCCAUUAAUUUGAGAGAGGAUGAAAGAUUUGUGGAUGAGAAUAGUGAGAGUGAAGGACUAGAAAAAAGAAAAAAAAGCCGAGUGCAGUGGGAGCGAUUCAGAUUUACUAGGAUAAUUCUGGAAAAUCCCUUAUCUGCUUAUUGUGUUACUAGUGUUUUAGUGAGAUUAUAUGGUACCUGAAAGGCGGAGAGGUGUGGCCACGGGUUUGGUGACCGCCAGUGUCUCUUGAGGGAAGCCACGCAGCUGCAGGAGCACACAAGCUCCGCUCAUGUCUACGGUAAUUAUUACCACAAUUUUCUGACCGAAACCUGCCGGUUGACAUGUGGUAGAGAACCAUGUUCACUUGACCGCUCUGUUCCAUAGUAAAGCUUCACCUUUGGGAAUGUAAACAAGGAAACACCGGCUGUGUUUGUGUGGCUAAAGGCAGCUGCAAUACAUCACUUCCCACCUACAUCUUUCUUCUUUGACUUCUCCAUUAUUAAUUGAACAAAUUGCAAAAGAUUCAGCAACACAGAAGUCCAGAAUACUGUGUAAUUAUGCGAUUAAAGCAGAUUACUUAUAGCUUGGAUCGGGAUGGAAGAACAUGUCUGCUACAACGGUGACGUCACGCGCAUGCGUCAUCAUACAUGUCAUCAUUCCGCGACGUUUUCAACAGGAUACCUCGCGGGAAAUUUAAAAUUGCAAUUUAGUAAACUUAAAAAGGCCGUAUUGGCAUGUGUUGCAAUGUUAAUAUUUCAUCAUUGAUAUAUAAACUAUCAGACUGCGUGGUCGGUAGUAGUGGGUUUCAGUAGGCCUUUAAGCUCCCUGAUGAAAUUAAUAUCCAAAUGAUGAAACUGACAAAUGUUGAAAAAAAAAAGAAUGUGUGUAAGCUGGACUGCAAUUUAUUACGAGCUACUUUAAAGAGAAAGUAUAUAUUUUAUUACUGUUCAUUUUCUGUUUUGUAUGUUUUACAUAUUCUCUUGAUAAACCAGUCUUUUGGA